AAAUUUUGUUGUUGAUUUCAUUUGAUGUGCAGGGCGGGAGAGAAGGAGUUGCGUAACGGAUCGAACGGAGGACACUGCGAGGAUGCGUGAGGCGGGAGGCGGGAGCUGUUGUAGUAGGUUUCGAGUCGAUUUCGAGUUAUUUUUACGCGAGGACGUCGUCUCCGCUUCGCCACUGGCUCGCCCUGUUGAAGCGGCCCGCUAUUGAGUUGAGUUGACUGUUGAGUUGAUUCGCCGUGUGCCGAUAGGCGAUAGUCUGGAUCGAUUUCUAACCAAAUUCCCGACGACGACUGUCCUACCGAGCCGUCUUCGCAUGAUUUUCGCCUUUAUCGCCGUUCGAUGCUCGUUAUUUGAUAGGAAACAAGAGGAAGAAGAGGAUCGCCGCCGAACGACGAGCUUUCCAGACGGCCUGGAGGUGCCACUUCCGAGGCUGAAAACGCCCUCGACUCGAAUUGAGUUAUGGACGCCAAAGUGAAACAAGUCUACGUACACAAAGUAGCUAACAUAAUGAAGAUGGAACCGAAUGAUUACUCCAGCGCUGAGCUUGUUGGAGCCAGCAACCAGCAGCCCCAGGCACAGAUCCUUCAUUACAAACGUUUAGUCGUCCCAUCUAAUAUGAGGUCGAUCUACUGGAAAUGCUACGGGUUCCCAGCUAAUGAUGACAACGAAAUUUUAACGAGGUCUAAAAUAGUCUGCCUUCUUUGCAAAUCUACCAUGACCUAUAACAGGAAUACGACAAAUUUGAGGAUGCAUCUUCAAAAUAAGCACAAGAGUGAACUGGCAACUUUGGAACUGGUACAGCCGAUGCCGAGCAAUAAAAAGGGCGAUGCGGAUAAGCGUUCAUUGAAACGGCCCAGGAAAGUCCUACCACUGAAAACAUCGCCCCAGCCGGUGGUGCAAGUUUUCCCAGUCAGCAGUCAAAGUGAGCAGUCUGCUGAGAACAGUCAGGCGCAGUUCAUUGCAGACGUUGAUGAAUUCAACCCCCUAACUGUCAUUGUUAAAGAGGCGACUUCUAACUCGUCGUAUACUCUUGUCGACGGAAAGGCAAUUGCAGAUGCUAUCGCAGAAUUUGUCAUACUCGAUUUGCAAAACCCCGACAUAGUUGAAGGAAAAGGUUUUCAAAGAUUGAUUGGAACAUUAAAGUCUCCUUGUGAAAUACCUUCAAAAGCGCUUUUGACGGAUGACUUAAUACCGAAAAUCUUUGAUGUUGUAAAAGAACAGGUGAAUAUUGAGGUUUCAACGUUAACGUCAAACAUAUCGUUGAGUGUAGAAGACUGGUAUUCGUCAAGUGGUGAUUGUUAUUCAACCGUUUCCAUUCAUUUUAUUACAAAUAAAGAAAACGAGUUACAAACUAGGGUGUUAAGUACGAUAUAUUGUUCUGAUGUUGACACACUUCACUGGGGUGCUCAGUUCGAUGCCAUUAUGGACGAAUUCAAUAUAAAAGUUGACAAAGUGAAAGCAAUAGUUGUUGCUUCUGAUCGUGAUGACACCAUUGAUUCUCUUGUAGCAAGAGGAUAUACGAUCAUACCCUGUUUUAGUUACACACUUCAGGUUUGUGCAAGGACUAUUUUUGAAAAAGAUGAUGUCCUAGAAGUACUGAAGAAAUGCAGAGCUUUAGUAGCUCAUAUUUCAAGAAACUCGACAGCGAUGGCUGAACUCCGUCUACAAGACAAUCUUCACCAAUUGGAAGAUUCGCCACUUACCCUUGACAAUGCCAAUGGCUGGAUGUCGACACUGACGAUGAUUGAGCAUUUACAAGCAAGAAGAACGGUGUUAUCGUCGAUAUAUGAUUGCCUGACAUCUACGAUUUGCCUUACAAACAGUUUAGAGCUGACAGAAGACGAUUGGCAGGUUUUAAACGAUGUAGUCUCCGUACUAUCUCCUUUUAAGUUGACAAUAUCUACUUUGGUCGAAGAGAAAAACCCCUUGAUUUCGAUAUUAAAACCGAUAAUGAGGCAAUUGUUAAGCGUACACUUAGAAAAAAGCCCCUCUGAUUCAGAUCUCUGUUUGAAUUUAAAGGCAAGUUUAUCGGAACUACUGAUUGAAAGGUAUCGAAAUCCAAAAGUAAAUGAAAUUUUGGAGUUAUCAUCUGCUUUGGACCCUAGGUUUAAAAACCUACCAUUUUUAUCUGAAGAAGAGAAAGCAGAAAUCAAAAAGAAUCUGCAGACACUUUUACAACACCAGGUUGUAUCUGCAGAAGGAAAUGACAGUUCAAAAACGAACAUGUCUAAAAAGAGAUUAUCAGGUAUGGAAUUUUUACUCGGUGAACUUUGCAUGACGAAGAAUGAGAUGCCCAUAAGUCAGAGAACCGACCUUGAGCUAGUUCAAUACGAAUGGGAAAGCCAAGCAGAGCUUCAAAAAUCUCCAGUCGAAUGGUGGAGAGAGAUGAACGGGAAAUGCUAUCAAAUUUCCCAUCUUGCAUGGGCUUAUCUAUCCAUCCCGGUCUGUGCGAGAGCCCACCUGCAAAACACUUUAUCCCCCAACUCCUUGCUCCAAAAUUUACCCACACAACUCGCUCUCAAGAUGAAGUUCCUUCAUAGUAAUUACAUUCCUGAUAACGAGUAAAGUAUUUUUUUUUUAAAGAUUUUAAACUUGUAAAAAUUGUAACUAUUAUCGUUCAAUAAACAAAUAAUAGACCUACUUUAAAAAA